AUGUGGACCAUCCUAAUGAUUAUCCUUGCAUCUUCAGCACUAAGUCAGACCAGAGCCUUUAUUUCAUCAUGUGAAAUCAAGAAAAUCAUGAGGAUGGAAGAAGAGCUGUGCACUUUAGCCCUCUCCGAAGAAGAAGCAAACAGGACUGUGGACAAUGAAUUGUUGGGCAGUUCAGGCAGGUGCCUUGGAAUGUGGGAUAAUAUAACAUGCUGGCUGUCUUCUUCGGUUGGCCAGACUGUUAGCGUGCCUUGCCCCCAAGCCUUCCAAAUCAUAACUGGACAAUCAGGGUUUAUAUAUCGUAACUGCACCAGGGAAGGCUGGUCAGAAAAAUAUCCAAGACCAUAUAUUGCCUGUGGCUUAAAUGCAGAUGAAAUCAAUGCCCCCAUAAUUGAGUGGGAACCUAAGGUAUCAUAUCUGAUGAAGCUGGAGAUUGUGUACACAGUUGGGACCAGUGUUUCCCUUGUGGCACUGACAAUUGCCUUGGUUAUUCUGUCUUCUUUCAGGAGACUUCGCUGUACAAGGAAUUACAUCCACAUGCAGCUUUUGAUCAUCUUCAUUUUGCGGGCUAUUGCAAACUUCAUUAAAGCUGUAUUGACCAAGGACACAGACGAUGAUGUCUACUGUGAAUAACGCACGCAUGGCUACGACAUUGGCUUCUUGUGGAAGGGCAUUGUAUCUUCAGAGCCUGCUGGCCUUUCUUUCGUCUCAGAUAGAAAGUACGUUCGGGGGUUGGUUGUGUCUGGGAUGGGAUGCUGGGAUACUCAUCUUACAUAUGCCCGGUGGAUCAUUCAAGGUCCUGUGGUGAUCUCUAUUGUUAUCAAUUUUAUUCUGUUUGUUAAUAUUGUAAGAAUUUUGAUGAGCAAGCUUCGAUGGCCAGAUGGAAGAGGCAAGGAUUCUAAUCAAUACAAGAGACUUGCUAAAUCAACACUUGUACUCAUCCCUCUCUUUGGAGUCCAUUACAUCAUAUUUGCUUUUUUCCCAUUUGAUACCACAAAUGGCACCAUGGAGAUCCAGGUUCUGUUUGAAAAAGCCAUAGGAUCUUUUCAGGGCUUUGCUGUGGCUGUGCUUUACUGUUUCCUUAAUGGUGAGGUCCAGCAGGAGAUUCACAGGAAGUGGCAGCAGUGGCACUUAAGGAAACGGGUCCUUUCACAUAAGCAUCACAGCAGCUCCUUUCAUAAUGAAGCCAGUGGGCUCACUCAGGUACUGCAACUGCUGAAGCCCAGUCCUCAAGAGGAGAGGAGGCUCUCCAUCCUAAAUGUAAGUAAUUUGUAA